GGGCAGAACGCGGCGAGCGGAAUCACUGCCCGAAGUUUGAAGGCGGCUGCGGGAGCAAACGCGCGGGAUUCCCCUUCGGGGCGGAUCCGGAUGUGGACGGCGGCUGGGUCGGCGUCGCUGCACUCGAGCUGUCACGGUCAGUAGAUCCAUUGGUCAAUGGUCAGCACCUCCUGGCGGAGAGGCCUCUGCGGUAGCCAAGAUGUCCAUCAACCCCAUGCUGUACGAGACUCAGUUUUUCGGGUUCACACCCCAGACAUGCAUGCUCCGGAUCUACAUCGCCUUCCAGGACUACCUGUUUGAGGUGAUGGUGGCUGUGGAAAAGGUCAUCUUGAAGAAGGCCAGCAGCCUUCCCGGCUGCAACCUGAGCGCCGUCCAGGUCCGCGGCAGCACCGAAACCUUCCUCCGCUUCAUGAGGGAGCGCUUUAACCGCCUCUUUGUCAAGAUGGAACAGGUGCUGCUGCAGCUGGUGCUGAAUGUCCCCCCAAACAUCCUUCUCCCCGAAGAUAGGAGCCAUGAGAAAUACCCCCAGAGCCGGGAGGACUUCCAUCUCCUCCAGCAGCAAGUGGAGCAGCUGCAGCUUCGGUACAAGGCGGAACUAGGGGCCAAGCACGCUCUUCUGGCAGAGCUCGAGGUUCAGAAGGUGGUGCAGGCCCGCCUGAAAAAGACUCUGCACUGGUUUGAUGGGCUCGGAGACGCCCACGGGCCCCUCGGCCUUGGAGAGAUGAUGGCCUUCCUGAUCCAGCACUCGGGCCGACUGCGCAGCAUCACAGAGGAUGUGACCCAGAGGAGCGGGAAGGUGACGAUGCAGUAAGUGGCAACCACGCAGUGUGAGAAUGACCUGAUUCGGCAGGGGUGGGGUGGGGUGGGAGGGUCGAGGGCCUUAGCUUCGGUGAGAGAACGUGGCUAUUGAAAUGGUUCCAGGGUUGCCUGGCCCUUCCCAUUGAUUCUCCAAGUCAGGACCGCUGAGCACAUGGAAGGAGAGCCUUCUUUCAUCCAGUUACCCGCGUUUGCAAAAACUGCAACUCAGAAACUUUUUGCUCUGAAUCCUGCCCGAAAUGGGUCUUUCCCAGCAGAGGUGGCCAAACUAUCGGAAGGGUUCAGAGACUGUCCAUCUCCCAGGCAGCUGGUCAGCAAGAAGCAAACAAAUCGGUGCUGUGUCCUCACAUGGGAGCUUCUGAUUCUCAUUGGCCUCGAGAGCAAAUGCACACUUAGAGCUUUGGGGCCAGAGAAGGGAAAGACGGUCCAGUCUGAGGACAGUCUUGCUUUACAUCAGAUACCUAGACUGUAAGAACUUUACCUGGUCAGUAAUUACUCCUUCUGUAACAGCUGAGACCCAGGUGAGCUGCCCGGGAUUUGCAGGUCGGUUUAGCUAAAAAAAAAAUUAACCCAAGUUCCAUCUACUCAAAGGGAUGGCCCUUUGGUCUGACACCAAACACUAGAUUUGACUGGAUUGUUAUAGACAUCUUGAAUUUGUGGGAAUAAGAGUGUUCCUGACUUAAGAAGAUGCAUCUGUCUGUGCCUACCUACAGGCUUUUUUUUUCUUUUCCAUUUAGCAUUAUGCUUUUUAAAAAACUAUUCGCGCAGACCAUAAUACAAAACGGGGCUAGAUAUGGCAAGCCUGCCAGUUUUACUCAAGACAACUUCAGAAACAAAGGGCAGAGAAAUAAAUUGGGCGCACAACUUGUAAGUGAGGAAAUUGUGCUAGAUUUCCAGGGUUGAGCAAUGGGCAGGAGGGUAGAAGGUCUAAUGACACAUUGUCCUGAUUUUUGUCCAUUUCUAAACAUUUUGUUGUUCAGAGGAUUACGGUGAAUCGGACUUGUAAGACACUUGGCAGUUUCUGUAAUAUUCAAGUGGAGGUGUUAUUGUUGAACUAGGAAUGCUUAUAACAAGCAGUCAUAACAAAAUAUGCAAAAUGGAGUGAAAAUCAUCAAACCUUUGAGAAACAAAACCCCCUUUGAAAAUCAGGCUGAUAAAAGAAGCACUGUAGGGAGACCUGCUUGUUUCCAACGUGCACAAUCUCAUCCGCCUGUGAAUCCUAUAAGCUGUUUAAAACCCUAUAAGGUGUUUGCUGGGAAGGGAAGAUUUUGCGCAUCUAAAAGCUGAACUGGCUUCCUAACUAGCUCUAGGUGAGUCACCGGGGUUUGAGUCAUUGAUUGAGGUCAUCACAAAACAGUCCCCUUGGAGUCUUUCAUAUGAAAUGCUUUUUCUUUUAGGCUGGCUGAAUACCAUGACAUACACUUAGGGCAACCCACCCACCCACCUCUGGAUACACACACACACACACACACACACACACACACACACACACACACACAAUCACACACCCCCACCUAUCCCUGGAUAGAUCCAAAAUAUACAAGAGAGUUUGGGCAGGAGCAGCUCAGAGCUGGGAAAGCCCCCUAUAGAAAGCAGUGUUUGAGCUAAGGCUUGGAGAACUUGGCAGAGAUGAGAGGGCCUUCCAAGGAGGAGGCAAAGGCAGAGAUGGGGGUUCCACAUAGGGAGAAGGCAGGUGUGGCUGUAGGGAAAUAGUGGGGAAUAUUAGUGAAUGACUGGUGAAGUAGCCGGAGGCAGAGUUUGACCUUUGGUGAGGGAAGUGAGAAGAGGCAGCUGGAUACUCAACUCAUAGAUGGAGUUGAGACAAAGGUGAGGGACUCAAAAGAUAACCUAUCCACACUCUAGCUUGUUGGGGAGAAGAGAGAGAAUAAAGGGAUGAGACAUAGGCUUCCAGGGGAGAGAAAGGGGUCUAAGGUCCAGGAGGAGGGUUUCACCCUUGCUGGGAUGAAGGAGAAUGGACGAAAGUUACCAAGAGGAGAAAGGGAAGGGAGAGGACCAGAGAGGGCUGGAUGAUCUGAGGAGGAGGCAGCUGCUUGUCCUGAAUGUCUCCUGGAGCCGUCAGGCAGGCAGGUGCUUGCCUGGUAUGCAUCAGAGGAAGAGGAGCCUGGCGGGUGGUCAUUCCCUGCUGAAGGACACAGAUAUAGCCUCUCUCUGACUUGCUGACAGGACUAGAGAGCUCUCUUGUCCUCUUGAGAUACAUACCCAGGACCUAACAGAAUCUCCCAAGACAUGAAAGCCUCACAGCUGCCCAUUUCUGGUGAUUGCUAGCACUUCCAGAAGGAACCCCUAGAGUGUGGCCAGUGAUUAGGAAAUGUUGGUUGUGGCUUCACGGUGGUCCACUGAGGUCAAGGAAUGUGUAAGAGAGUAAUUAAUUUGCAAAAUGGCCAGCUGGCUAAAGAGAUGAUGUCAGAGAACAGGAUUUGUAUUUCUGAAUGGCAGCUUACAGUGAAGGGUUGACAGAUUCUUGACCAGAGACAGAGUACACCAACUUAAAAAUGAGUUUGCCAGUGUGUUGGGACGGCUCUCAGGUCUGGCACAUCUAAUGAAAAAGACUUUCAGUUAGGAAGGUUGAGGUGUUUUGGGUGGGCAUGAGGAAGAAGACUGCUUUUGUAUGUCCCAAUCACAAAGAAGGACAACUAGCUCCUGAAACACCCAGAAUUGAAAGGAAACAAGAUCCAAGAAUGGAAUGGUAGUAAAGCUUGUGGGUGCUAACGUCCAUACACAAAGGCACAUGAUGUGGGCAUUGAAUAGCAAACUAAAGGCCUGAAUGCAGCAAGGAAAUUUUGGCCUCUAAGUAUGGAGACAGUAGCUCUGGGUGGGCAUGCUGGAGGGGGAAAGCACCCUUUCACAACUGAGCUGACUUCAUGUAUGCCCCACUGGGGAUAUAUCAUGGUGCCCAUUCUCUUCACAGACUGUAAAUCCUUUUUCUAAAAUUUAGUGAGUCUGGCCGACUGCUUGUCGAUGGGAGACUCGCCAGUGGGGGCUCAGGAGCAGCAGGUCUAGAAGAGGGACAGUCAGCCCCCUCUGGAGACCACUAACCAUUGAGUCUGAGUGCUGGCUCGGGGGAGUGGCCUGCAGGAGGACAUGGGGGAAGGGCAAGGUGCCGCUCUCUCCCCAGUAGCAGGUCUAGUGCUGCACACGUGGCUGUUUAAUAAAUGCAUUUGUUGACUCGCUG